AUGUUUGGGCUUGCUGUCUUCUCUGUUCUGAUUGGCUGUAUUGUGAUUCCUAUCAUCUAUAUUACUACUAAAUGCUUAUAUUUUUUCGUUGGCUAUGGGCGGUCCUUUGGAAGUUGGGAUGAUGAAAGUGAAAGCCAUCUAGACCAAGAUGAGCUGUUAAGAAGACAUGGGUAUGAAAUCGCUGGUAAAAUAGGCCAGGGAACUUACGGUGAUGUGAAAAAAGCUUACUCUAUCAACCUUCGAAAGGAUGUCGCUGUCAAAAUUGUUAGCAAAACUGAGGUAAAAAUAAUUACAAAAUAGUAGUCAGUGUAGUUAGUAGUCAGUGCAUGCCAAAUUUGUUUUUGGGAAACAUGCGAAACUGAUAUCAACCUUCGCUUAAGUAUUCCGACAAAAACUCUCUAUGCCAACAUUAUAUUAACUGUAUAUUGUUUUCUAUAAAAGUAGAAAAACCAGUUCGCAGCGAAAGCACGCGCAUAGGAGGUUCUCUUUUUUUCUUUAUCUAAUGACCAAUCAGAGCGUGUAUUCUAUUUUCUGAUCCAAUAAAUUGGAUUUUAUAAUUGUUAAUAAAUAAUUUUCUCCCAAGAUUGGCUCAGGAAAAAGUGACAGAUUCUUGAAGAGAGAGAUUGAAAUCCUAAGAUGGCUGAACCACAAGAACGUUGUUCGAGUGCAUGAUCUUAUCGACGGAAGGCAUCAGUUCUUCAUUAUAAUGGAGCUCGCGUCAAACGGAGAUCUUCUUAAUCUGUUACAUAAACGUACCAAACUGCUUGAAGAUGAGGCUAGAGUUAUCUUUAAAUCUAUUAUGGAUGGUGUACUCCAUUGCCACAGAAAGGGUGAGUGUCAUGUAUUUGCGGCAAGUGUACCAGGAUGCUCAGUUUUCAUUUUCAUUUGGCUAGGUAGAGUUCAGCUGAGAGUUGGGUUUGCAAUUCUAAGAACAAGACUCGAUCGAGGGAAGUAGCUUGUUCAAACGUUUAUCUGCAAAGCCGUUAUUAUUUGUAAUGCUUCAUUGCACUGGUUUAUAGUCUAUUUUAUCAGAGAGAUUAGAAGAUACAUAGACAUGUCCUUCAGUUUUUCCUUCUUAUCACUGAUUUCUAAAAAAAGAAGAACUAAGAAAUUUUAAGACAGUACGUCUUAUUUAUUUUAUCAUAUUCACACAACACAAUCAAAUUGGAAAGAGUUGUUAUAUUUUUGUGCAAUUACUGUAGUCUCCAGAGGCUUUCGACUGCAUCUGACAGUCUUCCUUGCUCAGCGACCGAGUUUCUGGUUGUCACCUGAAUUUUGUGUAUUUAGUCCCGUGACAAAAAUGUUGUUCGUUCAUUUUCUUUUACUAGGAGUAACCCACAGAGAUCUCAAGCUUGAAAACAUUUUACUCUCGGAAGAUAACCAGCCCAUCGUUACCGAUUUUGGUUUUGCGCGGUAUAUCGGAAGCAUCGAGAAUCAAAGAGCGCGAAGUAGAACCUUCUGUGGCUCGUACGCUUACGUGGCACCAGAGAUACUUCAAGGUACUCAUGUUAUCCUUGACUGUUAUUUCGUGAUCGCCUAUGGUCCUUUUUUUCCUGUUUUUUAGUCACGUUUACCACAGAAAACUAUAGUAGAAUCAUAGUAGAAUCCCGAUUUCUCGAACCUUCAGUUUUUCAAACCGUCCAAUAAUUCGGAGGUGAUCAAAGAUGCCUCUAGAUAUUUAUGAUAUAUACAUUUAGCCAGGACAAAAGCGAAGGAGAAUAAUGGAUCUUGUAACCACUUCGAAGAAAUCUAUCUUGACUAAAAAAGCUUUCCACUCCCGAUAAUUAUUGGUACUUUCAAGAAACGGCUCCCUGAGGAUUUAAGACAAACUUUGAGUUUUUCCUCUCAGAGUAUUUCCACAUUCAAAAAAGAAGGAACCUUAGGCUCCGAUCAGUGAAAAACUUCAAAACACCUUGCGAUCUUUAUAGGUCGAUACCUGAGCCCGCAAUACAGCCAUAUGAUACGGACGUACGGUCACGUGACUACCAAAUUUUCUCUGAUAGAUAGUUUGUUAGACUGGGUUCCCGGAGAAAACGCCACCGGGUUGGCUUAUUUUCCACUGGGAUUUUUUCAGCGAGAGGAACUGAAAGAUUUACUCUUUUUGAUGCGAGAUCGAUUACUUGUACCCGUUGAUUUUCUUGGCAGUGGUAAUAAUGUUUUAUAUUUGUCCUUCUUUUAAAAAAAUGUGAAUAACGAAACACACUGUUUUUUGUAGAAGUGACAAUUAAUAUUUAAAGUGACCGGGGAAGAAAAAAAAUUAGCUGUUUAGAACAUUUAGAAACAAACUAGGUACUGGGGAGCCUAAAUUAUCACUGGGAAGAAUGAAUUAAACCAGUAACCCCUUUCAGGUUUCACGGUUCGGGUAUCGUACCAAUUAGCUUUUAGGGUUAGGAAAGCUGCUACAUGAUGGUUUUACUGGGUCUGUUACAGAGGGCUGUAAAUACUAACACUGAGAUACAUCAACGUCACCCAACUGGCCAGGCAAACGCUUAGACACUGCUCGUCUGAAGUGCUGCGGUGUAAAAUGCAAAGAUAUAUAUUCAAUUAAAAGUGCGAAGAUCGAUUUUGACUGUUAAGCAUCAAUACAGUCUAGGCUAUGUGCGUUACCUUCUCGACUGUUGCAUGAGUUGUUGCCUUAGUACAGUGCCUUUGUUCAUGUCACAGGUAUCCCUUAUGAUGGCAUGGCCAGCGAUGUCUGGAGUCUUGGUGUAGUUCUUUACACUAUGGUUUGCGGCAGCUUCCCAUUUGAUGAUUCCGACCCGAAAUAUCUUUUGAAGCAAACGACUUCCGGUCAACUGGAAUACCCUGUUACAGCUUUGACUCUCUCUCCUCAGGUACGAUAAAAUUUGUUCACUCACCAUCAGGACGGAUAAAGCGAGACAAAGUAAACAAGUUAAUUCAGUAAACAUGGUCCCUAACAAAGAUCUCUUCAUAUCUCUUAAGUGCGUUUAGGUCGGCAAAUUACUUUUGCGGGAAAUGCGACAAACGCAAGAAAAUGUAUUUUCCGGAAGUCCAUAAACCGUAGGGUGGUCAGUCCGGGACCGGUAACUUAACGAUAACAGUGUUUGCAGAAUCAAAGAUGACUCAACUUACUUCCUCUUUUCUUUUUCAGAUUAAGGAACUCAUUAGCAAAAUGUUAACACCCCAAGUGAAGGAACGGGUCACCUUGACUGAAGCAAUGAAUCAUCCUUGGUUCCAUAAUCAAUGA